ACAGUUGACGUGCGUCUUUUGACUGACACCAUAAAAUAUGAUUUGGAUACUCGUUGUUUCCCAGCUCUUAUUUGGUUUUUCAACCAAUGCAAACAUUGUAAAGAAACAUUGUCAACUGAUAGAAGAGUACAAGGAAUUCCAGAGUACCAUGGAUACAUAUCUGGCAUCGAGCGACGACGUCUGUCAAGGCGAAACUGAAAACUACACUGAUUGUGCAAGUAUUUUGAAGGAGUAUCCUAAUGCUGGAGAUGGCGUGUACAGGAUACAACCCUCAGACGAACAAGGCUCCUUCAAAGCGUACUGCGACAUGACCCAACAUGGAGGCGGCUGGCUGGUGAUACAACGGAGAGUGGAUGGCCUGGUGGAUUUCUACAGGACGUGGUUUGAGUACAUGGACGGCUUUGGCAACCUCACAGGGGAGUUCUGGCUGGGUAACGAGAAGAUACACCGUCUCACCAAACAGACAACCUACGAACUACGAGUGGACCUCACGUUUACAGACGGGGAGACUGGGUUUGCCCACUACAACAACUUCCGACUAGGCGACAUGUCGACCUUCUACACUCUUGCCGUCAGUGGGUUCACGGGCAAUUCAGGUGACAAAAUCACGUGGCAUAAUUCUAGGCGCUUCAGUGCUAAAAACCUGGAGUUGGACCUGAAUAAAGGUGAAAACUGUGCUGUGAAGUAUCACGGAGCUUGGUGGUACAAUGCUUGUCACCUCUCCAACCUCAAUGGUCUUUACAACGAUACCACAAAUAGAGGAAUGAAAUGGGGCACUGUCCUUGUUUGCACACAUACAAGUAUGAAAAUUCGCCCAAAACACAGCACCGAAGAAGACUACUUAGAUUAUCAGUGGUACAGAUCAGAAUCUACAGCACCUGGACUGGAUGCCUGUUGGACAGACAUAAGGCGACUGAGGCCAUACAAUAUGAUUUGGAUACUCGUUGUUUCCCACCUCUUGUUUGGUUUUUCAACCAAUGCGAACAUAGUUAAGAAACAUUGUCAACUGAUAGAAGAGUACAAGGAAUUCCAGACUACCAUGGAUACAUACCUGGCAUCGAGCAGCGACGUCUGCCAAGGCGGAUCUGUCAACUACACUGAUUGUACAAGUAUUUUGAAGGAGUAUCCUAAUGCUGGGGAUGGCGUGUACAGGAUACAACCCUCAGACGAACAAGGCUCCUUCAAAGCGUAUUGUGACAUGACCCACCAUGGGGGCGGCUGGCUGGUGAUUCAGCGGAGAAUGGAUGGGUUGGUGGAUUUCUACAGGACUUGGUUUGAAUACAUGGACGGCUUUGGCAAUCUCACCGGGGAGUUCUGGCUGGGUAACGAGAAGAUACACCGUCUAACAAAACAGACAACGUACGAACUACGAGUGGACCUCACGUUUACAGACGGGGAGACUGGGUUUGCCCACUACAACAACUUCCGACUAGGCGACAUGUCGACCUUCUACACUCUUGCCGUCAGUGGGUUCACGGGCAAUUCAGGGGACAAUAUGAAGUACCAUAAUUCCAGGCGUUUCACUGCUAAAAACCUGGACCUGGACCUGCACUCGACUGUCAACUGUGCUGUGAGCUAUCACGGAGCUUGGUGGUACAAUGCUUGUCACCACUCCAACCUCAAUGGUCUUUACAACGACACAUCAGCUAGAGGAAUGAAAUGGGGAUCUGUCCAUGUUUGCACACAUACGAGUAUGAAAAUUCGCCCACAACACAGCAACGAGGAAGACUAAUAUGUGCGAGGCCCGAUGGUGUAUUAAGACUUUGAAAGGAGUGUGUACUUAAUGGCUUUAUGUCCAAUUUCAAGGCUGGAACUUUACGUUCGAGUGCGCCUCUGCAGUGUAGUUGGUAUAGUGUCCGCUCUAGAAGCAGAAGGUCGAUGGUUCGAUUGCUGUGCCUCCAUUCACUAAUGUUUCAGUGUUCUUUACUUUUCUGCCGCUUCUUAUCAAAGAGUUAAAACAUG